CGAGGCCGAGCAACCCGGCGGCGCGCCCGCCAUGCAUCACGACCCCAACCCCUUCGACGAGGGCGGCGCCGCCGACGACAACCCCUUCUCCAAUGGGGGAGGCCGAGGCGGGAAGCAGCAGCACGGGUUCCGCCCCACCGACUUCGGCAGCGGCGGCGGCGCCACCGUCGACGUGCCCCUCGACAGCAUGGGCGACUCCAAGGCCAGGGAGCUCUCCUCGUGGGAGUCAGAUCUCAAGCGGCGUGAGGCGGAUAUCAAACGGAGGGAGGAAUCGCUGAAGAAUGCUGGAGUGCCAAUGGAGGACAAGAACUGGCCACCAUUCUUCCCAAUCAUCCACCAUGACAUUGCCAAUGAGAUACCCGCCAACGUGCAGAAGUUGCAAUACCUGGCCUUCGCAAGCUGGCUUGGAAUUGUGCUCUGUCUCUCCUGGAACUUCAUCGCUGUCAUCGUCUGCUGGAUCAAGGAGGGAGAUUCGAAGCUGUUCUUCCUUGCUACAAUCUAUGCUCUGCUUGGAAUUCCUCUUUCUUACUUGAUGUGGUAUAGACCCCUCUACCGCGCAAUGAGGACUAACAGUGCAUUCAGUUUUGGAUGGUUUUUCCUGUGUUACCUGAUCCACAUUGGUUUCUGCAUAAUUGCUGCCAUUGCUCCACCAAUCGUAUUUCAAGGAAAAUCAUUAACGGGCAUAUUGGCUGCGAUUGACACUUUCUCUGAGCAUCUAAUAAUUGGGAUCUUUUACUUCGUGGGGUUUGCAUUAUUUUGCUUGGAGACGCUGUUGAGCAUUGGAGUUCUUCAGAAAGUAUACAUGUACUUCAGAGGGCGUAAGUGAAGCUAGUCAUGUAAGAACUUUUUGAGAAUUCUACAAGUAGUACCUGCAGCAAUUCUACAAAGAGUUGCAGAAGAACGCUUUUGAGCUUGAAUGGAGUAUGGAAGGUAGCACUGCUAUAUAGGGUGUUCUGUGAGAUGGGGUAUUCUGAUUCUUUAUAUGAGGCGCUCAGUGUGUCAAUGGUAGUUUAGUUGCCGUUUGGCAUGUCAGUUACAGUAGUAGUAGUCAGUACUAUUCUCAAAACGAAAAUGAGCAGCUGUUCAGAAAUCAUAUUUGUUCUCUUGAGAAUGAAAUGGCGGCAGAUUAUAUCC